UGGGUGGAAUCAGCAGGCGGAACCAGGCGGUACCCUGAACAGUUUUCCCCCCAUCUGCACCUCCUACACUCCAUCCUGCUGAGCAGAAAACACACUCAGUCUGAGCAGCUUCAGCCCAGAGGAACAUCUCAUCUACUGCCACUUUUGCGGGAGCUAAAAUACAAAGGAUUAUUUUCCAUUGCACUAACAUGGAAUCUGUGAAAACUCUGUUUUAUAUGGGAAUCUGCCUCUCUGCUUGGAUUAUCACUGCUGCAGAUAACUUAGAGCCCCAAGUAGAGAAUGUUCGCUGGGUGUCUUUGGACUUUAAAACUGUCCUCACCUGGACUUCCAAAGCCUCUGACUACGCAUACACUGUCCUGUACUCUAGCGAUAACAAUGACUGGACAGAGAGUCCUGACUGCAUCCAAGUUUCAGAGUCCGAGUGUGAUCUGAGCGAGCAGCUCAUACCCUACGACAGGACCUACACUGCUGACAUCCGAUUGGAUGAUGACGUGAGGGACUAUGAAGGUGACCCGGAUGUGUUUCCUCACACUUUGUCCCCACCCUUCAACCCAUUUAAACAAACUAACAUCAGCGCAGCGGAAUUCACUGUGGAGGCAGUGGAAACCAAAGUAACUGUCAACAUCACGGAUCCUCUGACCGGGAUCCAUCAGCGUGGGAAGCAACUCAGCAUCAGAGAUGUUUUCAAAAAUGACCUCAAGUACAAGAUCAGCUACCACAAGUCCGGAAGUACAGGAAAGAGAGACAUCAUAACUGACUCCAGUUUGGCAGAGGUAUCGGGGUUGGAUGCAGGAGAGAGUUACUGCUUCAUGGUAGCGGCUUACAUCCCCUCCAGAGCCAGAGCCGCUCAGCUGGGAGCCUGGAGUGAACAGCAGUGUACAGAUGGACACAAAAAUGUCCUGCAAGAGCUGAGUCUUGGAGCGUGGGUAGGUGCAGUCUUCAUCCUGCUCACGGUCCUCAUCAUCAUCAUCACAGUGACGGUCCUCUGCUGCAGAUGCUGCCAACAAAGAAACAAGAGCCUCCAAACGUCUCAGUCAUCUGCACCUGUUUAGUUUGUUGGUCUUUAGGUGUCUUUCAAACACAGGGAGCUGGCAUCCCUUUUUUACCUGUAUUUACAUUCAAUAUUCUGCCACCUACACAAGACCAAAUCCAAGUACAGUAACUGAAGUUCUUCAGUGGCUUCUAGUGCCCAAUGAAAUUAUACUUUCAUCGAAAUGUGUUAAACUCUUUAAGAUUCCUUCUCCUCAUAUUUUUCUGUCGUGAGAACUUUUGUUGAUCAAAAGGAUGGAAAAGCAAUGUCAUGACAUCAGCUGCUAAUCUGGGUCCAGGCCCAGGUCACAGGGGCAGCCCGCCCAAUUCACAAUGCACCGAAGGCCUAUCACACCUCCCAGGGGUGGUGAACCCAUGGGAGGUGAACCCAUGGGAGGUGAACCCAAAGGAGGUGGUGCCACCCAGAGUGGGAUUCAAACCUACAA